AUGGCACGCAAAGGAAAGAAGAGAGCAGCUGAGGGCGAUGACGAGGAAGGGGUUGCUGCAACGAGGAAUGGGGAAUCGAGCGGAGUGAAGCUUGAUUCGCGACCUAUCGAACCAGCGGUGCCCACAGACGAGGCGGCUGAACAGAUUCAACGGCUUGACGCAGCGAUCGAAAGGGCGAAGAUCGGGAUAGGAAAGAUCAAUAUUCUGAAGAUCGACAACGAGCUGAGGUUCGGGAAAUACAACGACCGACCUGAGAGAAAGAGCGAGAUAAACAAGAUGGUGACGUCGUUCGAAGCGCACGGGAUCCAAGCGUUCUCGCAGAUCAACGCGCUGCCCAUCAUAAUACAUCGAUCGCGGUUGAGCGAAGAGCAGACGUUCGAAGGGGAAUGGAACGACCCAAGUAAACUGGAAGAAGUGCAUAUUAUGGACCAAGAAGCGAUCGUAUUCGCAUCGGGGCAGCACCGGGUCGCUGCGUUAAGAAAAAUGCAGCAAAGGCACUUCGACGAGCACAUGCUAUACAGCCAGAGAUUGAAGGAGCUGCAACAGGCUGGAGAACUGACUUAUAGGGUCAAAACAGAAAUAGGUUUCAAACUUGUAAAAAAAUAUCUUUUGGUGGGCUGGUACAUAUCAUGGAGGGUACUUCUGGGAUGGAUAUGA